AAAAUAUCAUAACCUUUAUGAUGGAACAAUCAUCUCCUCAGCACGGCCAACCACAAGAGCCGUUCUAUACCUGCAUCGCCUCUGACUCUCUGUUUACAUCAGAUGGCAGCAUCGUCAACGCGCAGCUUUCAGCCAAGUUGGAGAUCGGACAACUCCACAACAGAGAAGGCGAUAAUUGUUCUUUGUUUUCAAGACGCCCUUCGCUGGACAGAGACUCGAAUGGAGCAACUACAAAGUCCACAUGGCAGUCUCAGGGAUCUCCUCAAGCUGCACUGAUCGCUAUUCAAAACUGCAAGCUUUGGUUCUUGUUCACAGACGGCAAACAAGAAGAUGGAGAGGACGAGAACUUCAACCGCCGCGUUGAACGUCUUGGUGUUGAGGGAUACCCGUGUGUCUUUGUGCUAUUUGGUUCUUCCAGCGAUGGCCCUCCACCCAACACCCAAUUCCAUGUUUGCGCCAAGACAUAUUCCAGCGCUCCAAACGCCCUCUUCCUCUUCCACGAUGUUGGUACAGAUCAGAUAUACAUAUUUCAUGCCAAAGGCUGCUUCGCGAAGCUCAGUGAUGGACGACCAACCAUUCAACAUAACUGGGAAGGUUGUAAAUGGUUUCAACUUCAACGAUUUCGAUACGAGAAGCUACUUGCUAUCAAAUUACCUUCUCCUCAACCAGGACUUGUCGCCGACCGGCUUACAAUCCACAAUGGAACCGUCCUUACCAAUGGCGAGUAUCGGGCGAUGAAAGCUGCAGCAGAUGUUGGCGCGCGAUUCGACCUACGGAGACUCCAAGAGAUAAUCAACAAAGCGGGAGAGAAAGAUACAUUCAAGCCUCAAUACUGGAAGCCAUCUCAACCUUCCAGUACAGUCGAACGCGUUGAUAUUGAUGGGCAAGCGAGCCAUGCAGUCCGCGGUAUCUUGAUGAAUCUCGACCACAAGAGUAUGGGCAUCGAUGUCCCGGAAUCAAGAAUCGACGGCUAUCGCGAAGACCUUCGAGCAGCUAACAAGGCAAACAGACUUGCCUUUGAACAGGCGUUGGUUAAGAAGGAGAUGGAAGACCUCGAGGAGAAGCAGAAGAGUAGAGAGUCAUUCCUGCUCCCAGUGGUUGAUCCACACGAGAUAUUCUUCCCAGGAUUCGUUCGGGGACCAGUUACGAUUCGACAACACAGCGAGUUCAGAGGAGCUUGCAUGUUCUGUCAUGAAGAAGAUGUCAUGCUGGCCUUCCUGCUACACCGUGUCGAGCUCGUCAAUGUUGAUAGUCUGCGAGUCACGGGCUUGCCGUUGGUCUUCAACAACAUGCUAGUCUGCGAUGCGUGCGCUGUCCACUGUCGUCCCGAUGGUCUGAUGGAACCAAAGGUUGCUGCAGUGCUUCCGCUGGUGUCUGUGAUUGACAACGAAGCAGCUUGGACCGAAGUAUUUGACACUGUGAUUGGAAGUGGAGUUGGGAAGGAGGAUAUAUUGCUGUCUGUGUGGAACUGGCUUAGCACACAGCUGGGUUAUGAGGUCGAAGAACUGAAGCCAGUGAGCUACAAGGAGGCUUUGGAGUGGGUGUUGAAGGAUUUGGGGAAGUGGGAGGAUAUCACGCGGAACAGGAGAUUUGAUACAAAGAUCAUUCGCUAUUAAGAGGACAGAAAGAGAGACAGACUACUGGCUAUUGGCGUGCAUCC